CGCGCGCGGUCACGUUUUCCACUAUGUGACAGCGGCGGGUCGGGGCGGCGGCGGCGGCGCCGCGGGCUACGCGCUGGUCUCGGCGGCGGCGGCGGCGGGCGCGGGCCGGGCGAGCGCGCGGACUGGCCGGCGGAGGGUCCGGCGACGGCUGGGCGGUUGACUCCGGAGCCCACCAUGAACGGCUACGUGGAAUUUGCGCCCAGCGCCGGUCACCCCCGCGUGGAGCCCCUGGACCCCCGGCCUGGUAAAGCCCCUGUCCAGGAAGACGUGGACAUGAGCAGUGGCUCCAGCGGGAAUGAAGCCAACGAGAACAGCUCCAUGGGGCGGGAGUCUCAGGGCAGCGACUGUGACGACAGCGGCAAGGAGCUGGGCAUGCUGGUGGAGCCGCCAGACGCCCGCCAGGGCAGCCAGCAGGCUGCCAAAGCGGACGUGCACAGAGAGCUGAUCAGAACGCUGAAGGAGCUGAAAGUCCACCUGCCCGCAGACAGGAAGGCCAAGGGCAAGGCCAGCACCCUGGCCACCCUGAAGUACGCCCUGCGCAGCGUGAAGCAGGUGAAAGCCAAUGAGGAGUACUACCAGCUGCUGAUGUCCAGCGAGAGCCAGCCGCGCGGGGUGGACGUGCCCUCCUACAGCGUGGAGGAGGUCGAGAGCGUCACCUCCGAGUACGUCGUGAAGAACGGGGAUAUGUUUGCUGUGGCUGUGUCCCUGGUUACGGGCAGAAUCCUGUACAUCUCGGAGCAGGUCGCCUCCAUCUUCCACUGCAAGAGAGACGCCUUCAGCGACGCCAAGUUCGUGGAGUUCCUGGCGCCGCACGAUGUCAGCGUGUUCCACGGCUGCACGACGCCUUGCAAGCUCCCGGCCUGGAGCGCGUGCAGCCGAGGAGAUUUCACCCAGGAAUGCACGGAGGAGAAGUCUUUCUUCUGCAGGGUCAGCGUCGGGAAGAACCACGAGAACGAGAUCCGCUACCAUCCCUUCCGCAUGACGCCCUACCUGGCCAAGGUGCGGGAGCGGCCCGGGGCCGAGAGCCAGCUCAGCUGCCUGCUGCUGGCAGAGAGGGUGCACUCCGGCUACGAAGCUCCUAGAAUUCCUCCUGAAAAGAGAAUCUUUACCACCACUCACACGCCGAAUUGUUUGUUCCAGGACGUGGAUGAGAGGGCGGUGCCCCUCCUGGGCUACUUACCCCAGGACCUGAUCGAGAGCCCUGUGCUGCUGCAGCUGCACCCCAGCGACAGGCCGCUGAUGCUCACCAUCCACAAAAAGAUCCUGCAGGCCGGCGGGCAGCCCUUCGACUACUCGCCCAUUCGGUUCCGGGCCCGGAACGGCGAGUACAUCACGCUGGACACCAGCUGGUCCAGCUUCAUCAACCCGUGGAGCAGGAGGGUCUCCUUCAUCAUCGGGAGGCACAAAGUCAGGGUGGGUCCCCUGAAUGAGGACGUGUUCACGGCCCACCCGUGUGCAGAGGAGAAGGCCCCUCACCCUGGCGUUCAGGAGCUCACGGAGCAGAUCCAUCGGCUGCUGCUGCAGCCUGUCCCCCACAGUGGCUCCAGUGGCUACGGGAGCCUGGGCAGCAACGGGUCCCAGGAGCACCUGCUGAGCCACACCUCCUCCAGCGACAGCAAUGGCCACGAGGACUCUCGGCAGAGGAGGCCCGAGAUCUGCAAGACUGACAAGGCCAAAGCCAGAGGCCACCAUUCUCACGGGCCUGGAGAGCAAAAGAAAACGUGUGUUCCAGACCUGCAGAGUGGUCAUGCGGCCCAGGAGAGAGCGGUGCCCGCUGCCGAGGACAGCUCAGCGGACAGCGCGUCCCGGGCGGGCUUCCCCGAGGAGCUGGCCUGCAGGCCCCAGCCCGCCUGCUCCUACCAGCAGAUCAGCUGCCUGGACGGCGUCAUCAGGUACCUGGAGAGCUGCAGUGAGGCCGCCACGCUGAAGAGGAAGUGCGAGUUCCCCGCGAACAUCGCCACCCGCAAGACCACGGUCAGCCCCGGGCUGCACGCCACAGAGGCUGCGUCGCCCCCCGAGGUGAACAGCCACGCGGAGGUCAGCGCUCACCUGAGCUCGCUGGCGCUGCCCAGCAAGGCGGAGAGCGUGGUGUCCCUCACCAGCCAGUGCAGCUACAGCAGCACCAUCGUGCACGUCGGGGACAAGAAGCCGCAGCCCGAGCUAGAGACGGUGGAAGACGCUGCGAGUGGGCCCGAGUCCCUGGACUGGCUGGCGGGCCCCGGGCUGCCCUGCGGCCUCAGCCAGGAGAGGGAGCCCUUCAAGCCGCUGGGCCUCACCAAGGAAGUGCUGGCCGCGCACACGCAAAAGAAAGGCAGGAGUUUCCUCACAAGGCCCAGGGACGGGGGGCGUCUGGGCUUCCCCCAUUCCCCCUGCCACCAUUCCCGCCAGGAGCCUCCAAAGGGGCGGUCCGGGGAACGAGCCUCCCCCGGACUAAGGAACGCUUCGGGAAUAGACUCGUCUUGGAAAAAAGCCGGAAAGAACAGGAAACUGAAGUGUAAACGGGCCAAGCCCCGGGACUCGUCCGAGAGCACAGGGUCUGGGGGGCCUGCGCCCCCGCGACCGCCACUCGUGGGCCUCAACGCCACUGCCUGGUCCCCCUCGGCCACAUCCCAGUCCAGCUGUCCUGCCGUGCCCGCCUACUCCCUGCCCGUGUUCCCGGCGCCCAUGGCUCCGCACGCCAGCCUUACGGUGCCCACCGUGCCUCUGGACGCCCAGUACCAGCUCGCAGUGCAGGCCCCGCUGGCCCCCGUCAUGGCCCUCGUGCUCCCCAGCCAUCCCCUCUCUCUGCCCCAGGCCUUCUUCCCCAGCCACGCCGUACUCCAGUCCCCGGCGGCCCCUGCCUCACAGCCGGAGUUUGCCAGGCCGCCAUGUGCUUGUCCGGCCACCCCAGCCACGCCUCCAUUGGCCUCCGGGGCGGGGGGCAGGGCCUCCCCCCCGCUGUUCCAGUCCCGCGGCAGCUCACCCCUGCAGCUCAACCUGCUGCAGCUGGAAGAGGCCCCCGAGGGUGGUGUGGGGGCCACAGGGACCCCAGGGACAGCUGCCACGGGGCCCGACUGCAAGCCUGCGACGUCUCGGGACCGGCAGCUGAAGGCACCUCCAGCCCAGGAGGAGCCCUCGGACACCCCGAACAGCGACGCCCUCUCCACGUCCAGCGACCUGCUCGACCUCCUGCUCAACGACGCCCUGGGCUCGGCCGCGGGCUCUGCCCUGUCCGGGAGCAGCGCCUCGGACUCACUGGGCUGCGACGCCUCCCGGAGCGGGGCAGGCAGCAGUGACACGAGCCGGAGCAGCAGGUAUUUCGGCAGCAUCGACUCCUCCGAGAAUAACCACAGGGCAGCGAGGCCCCCGCGGCUGGGGGCCGGCGAGCAGCUCCUCAGGUGCGUCCUGCAGGACCCCCUCUGGCUGCUGAUGGCCGACACGGACGACAGCGUCAUGAUGACCUACCAGCUGCCCGCCCGGGACGCGGACACGGUUCUGAAGGAGGACAGAGAGCAGCUGAGGCUGCUGCAGAAGUCCCAGCCGUGGCUCACCGAGGGCCAGAGGCAGGAGCUGCACGAGGUCCACCCGUGGGUGCAGACGGGCGGCCUGCCUGCGGCGCUGGACGUGGCGGAAUGUGUUUACUGCGCGAACAAGGACAGGGGCAGCUUGUGCCCGCCGUGCGAGGAAGACGCUGGCCCUGGGGGCCUCGGCGAGGAGGAGGAGGAGGGGCCCGCCCCGAGCCAGGCGCGGGAAGGACAAACAUAGCUCCUGGUGCCCGCCAGCCCCACGGCCAGUGACCUCCGCGAGACGGGGCCUGCGGGACAGGGCGGGCCCCACGUCUGCUUCCGCUGCAGGGACAGACUGUGUCAUGUAGCUUUGUGAAAGGGGCUGGGAGCGUUUGUGCUCCAGCGCGGGCCCGGGUCCGAGGCUGAGAGGGUGGCCCCGGGCAGGCGUCAGAGACCGCGAUGAGGACCUCUGGCCUGAGACUUCGUGCCAGGCUGGGGCGAGCAGCCAGGAAGCUGCCUUGUGUGGCUCUCAGCUGCGGCUUCCAGAACUUUCCUAGGGUGUUUGAUCACGUCCGCCUGUGCCCUGCCCUGCAGGCUGCUUUGCAUCGAAACCCUCAUUCAGUCAAGCUUGAUCCCCCACCCCCCAAGUGGAGACAUCACGCCCCCGGCCCCCCCAGCAGCUCCGGCUUCCGCGUGCCGCAGGGAGAAGGGGUUCAGCCUGGCCUUCGCUUGUUAGCGGUGGUCUCAGAGCUGGUGGCUGUGUGCCCAACCCAUCCAGGUACCCCCGGCCCCUGGAUGGCUCCACCUCGUUCAGACCACGUCGGACCAUACGUUGCCGGUCGUCUCCUUAGCGCGACCUCUGUACAAACCAGGCUGGCCCAGGUGAGCAGAUGCAAGGCAGGGCCGCAGGCUGCCGUCGCCCACCCGGGCCGGGGGCCUGGCUGCGGGGGUGCUCACGUGCCUGCCGGGGACUGAUCUGACGCUCGGCUAGAGUGACGCCAGCUGGCCCGGCUUUUCACAAAGCCUCACGUUGCAUCGCGUUUCCCAAAGACUGGGAAGAUGUCUUACCGGUCCCGUGUGGAUGAGGCACCAGUGACAGAGCAGGUGCCGUGAGACUGGACCAAGGCUGUGACGCUCAGCGGAGAGCAGCGCAGGGGUCCGACGAGAGAGGUGCCGUCUGCUCGCCUUCCAGUCGCUUUCCACCGUCACGCCGGAACAUUAACCCGGUUUCCCGGAACCACGGGAACUCUGCACUCGCCCAGGAGGCAGUAGUCUGACCUCUGCACACAGGCCACGGCCGGGAUGGUUUAAGGUUGCAUCCACGUUACCUAAACACGGAGCUGCCAAACCCUCGUUCUACCUUAAGACGUUUGCCGUCAGCAUCCGCUCCGUCAGGCUGUGCUCAGCGGCUGUCAGCUGCCGCCCUGCAGUGACUUCUAGCAUCGCUUCGUGAUUUGUUUACACGGUGCCCAGCGCCGAGCCCUGUUUCUGUAGUGCGUGUGCCCCACGUCUCUGUUUGAACUGAGCCUUCCUUCAGUGUAUUCCUGGGGAGAUCAGAGGCGCUCCCGAGUUCGUGUGACGAUCUGUUGAGCCUCGCGGACAAGUGGUUUGUUCCCGCACAAACCAAACCUUCGUCCCCUAGUGCAAUAUAUUUGUGUGACUGCUUGUGUCUUUUUAAGACUCUUUGGCCUUUUAGAAAAUCGGUAAAUAAAGCGAGUAUAUUUUUA